AUGCAGUUACCGAUUAUUAUAGGGAUUGGGGUGACGGUGGCGGCGUUGACGGUGAAGGCGACGGCGAACGCAGUGGCCCGGUGUCACAGGUUGACGCCGGGGGAGAUUGCCCGUCUGAACGGGCUGGUGGUGGGCGGGGCGGCCGGCCAGUUCCGGGUGUGGCCGGCGAACUCGCCGUACUGGCGGCGGUUCCACGACCUGGACGGGCAGAUGCCGUACGGCGGCUUUGACGGCAAGAUGGGCAAGGAGGAGGCGCUGGAGAUCCUUGGGUUUGGGCGGGAGGACGUGCUGCGGCGGGCGGUGACGUGGGACGAGAUCCGGCGCAGACACCGGCAGCUGAUGAUGGGGAACCACCCGGACAAGGGCGGCAGCAAGUACCUUGCCAUGAAGAUCAACGCCGCCAAGCAGAUGCUAGAAAAGGAUUACAGGUGA